AUGACCCUCUGCGCAAACUGCUACGUCGUGCAAGACUAUCCGCCACAGCAUCAAGAUGACGAGUCCCAUCCGAUCUCGCUGCAUAAACACUCCGGGUUCCUCCCUGUUCCUCCGCCGCCUCCGCCGCGAGCGCAGCCUAUUAGCCGGUCCAUGAGUUCGUAUGGACCACCGCGUCGACGGCCGGUUUCGACCGCGAAUGUGUACAGCGAUGUGCCGCCGAGGAAGCCUCCGAGACCUAUUCCGACGAGGCCGGAAGUGGAAAUAAAGGAGGAGAUUAAGGAUGAGGGCCAAAAAAGGGACAAAAACGAGGAGCCUUUUACCUUGCCCGGGCCUCCGCCGCCGACGGUUUCAGACUUUGAGCAUCACAGCUCCCAGCAUCCAAGCCCUGAGCGAGGGGUCCCUGGACAGUAUCCCGAGCAGCCUGAGCCUCGGUUUCAGCCCACAACCCCAAGCUGGGCUCCCCUCCUUACAGAGGACAUGAAAGCCUCGCUCUCGUUCACCAGGAUGAUAGAAGAACUCUUCGAGCAUCUAGACCCUCAAAGCACGGGCUUCCUCAGCCCAGAGGCAUACUCGCAGUAUCUCGAAGCCUGCGGGGCUCCAGCGAACCACAAUAUAUGGAGAUACAGCCACACCAAAUCCGGCACGGACAUCGCAGACCGCGAACUAACCGACCACUUCACAGCAUACAGCAUCGACUUCGCCCUCCACCCACGCACCCCAUCCCAAUCCUCAUCGUCCGAGCCCAACCCCCUAAACCCACUCUCGUACCUCCCGGCCUCCCAACGCCCCAGCCUCUCCCGCUUCAUGCCGCAGAUCCCGUCCGUCUCCGGCGGCCGAAAACCCAUGCUCUCGCUGCGCGGGUUUAGCGAGCUCGCGCUGACCAGUGUGCUCCUGAACCCCUCGUCCGCGUGGAGCCAGCUGAACCGCGUGAUUAAGGUGUACAGGAUACCGGCGUGGCUGGAGUGGGGCGAUUUACCGCGGGAUAUGCUCCCUCUGGCGCCGUACCAGCCGGAGGUUGAUCGCGUGAGGGUUCUCAUGGAGGGGGCGAGGGCCAGGGCGGAGGAGGAGGUUGAUGCGGCGCAUGCGAGGGCGAAGAUGGAGCAGAGGGGGAGACAGGCGGCGUUGGAUUUGUUGGAUGAUCGGGUUUGGGUUUAUCGGUAG